CACCACUCCAUCUGCAAGGACGCGCACCCGAAAGCGCGCAGUGAUGCACAUAUAGCGUUUUAUUUUCUUAUUACAGCAUGUCUUAAAUAUCAGCCGCCGGGAUCCAAGCUCAUAAGAUACCUGACAAACAUGGAUAAAGGGAACCAAGGCGAUUCUCAUUUUGAUCACCUCCUCCAAAGUCAAGAAUCCUCCGUGGUCAAUAAGUUCCAGCAGAAAUACUGGAAAACCAAGCAGACGCUGAUCAGAGUCACAGGGAAGAAGGAGGAUGAGCAUGUUGUGGCUUCCGAUGCUGAUCUGGACGCUAAACUGGAGGUGUUUCAUUCAGUACAGAGAACAUGCAUGGAGCUCCUUAAGGUGAUCGAGCAGUAUCAAAGGAGAAUCAGCUUUUUGUCCCAGGAGGAGAAUGAACUGGGUCGGUUCCUGCGUUCACAGGGCUCUCAGGACAAAAGUCGCGCUGGAAAGAUCAUGCAAGCUACUGGGAAAGCUCUCUGCUUCUCCUCACAGCAAAGGCUGGCGCUGCGAGGUCCCCUGGGCCGUCUUUAUCAGGAGGUGGAGACGUUUCGUUACCGAGCCAUUUCCGACACGUGGCUGACGGUGAACAGGAUGGAGCAGUCACGGACCGAGUACAGAGGAGCUCUGCUGUGGAUGAAGGACGUUUCUCAGGAGCUGGACCCCGACACGCACAAGCAGAUGGAGAAGUUCCGUAAGGUUCAGACUCAGGUGCGUCAUACCAAGACGAGUUUUGACAAACUGAAGAAUGAUGUGUGUCAGAAGGUUGAUCUGCUCGGAGCCAGCCGCUGUAAUCUGCUCUCACACGUUCUGACAACGUAUCAGACUACAUUGCUACAUUUCUGGGAGAAAACCUCUCACACUAUGGCUGCUAUUCAUGAGAGCUUCAAAGGCUGCCAGACUCAUGAGGCUUCAGCUCUGGGGGGUUCAGAUCAAGCUGCAAAGAAAAAAGUAAAGAAGAAAAUGAAGGCAAAAGCAGAAGAUGAGGAGACGAGUCAGAGCACAGAUGAAACACUGAUUUCAAUUGAAGAAGAAACUCUGAGCAGUAAGCUCGUGCAAACAGGAAAUGACGAGGCUUUCUCCGGCGGCCAGGAGAAGGACGGCUUGAGUUUGUUGAAUGAGAUUCUGGGCAGCAGUUCUCUGGAGGAUGGAGGUUUCUCACAGGAAUGGCACGAGGUGUUUGGGGAAGACGAUCUGGCCGGAGGCAGCAGAGCCGAGACGCAGCCGUCUGAGGAAGAGCCCGCUUUCUUUCUACCUUCUAAACUGCUCGACCAGAACAUGAACGACCUGCAGUCCACAGUCUCAGGUUGGACAACAGCCAUUCCACAGAAUGUUCCUGAAAGCUCAUCUGUAGCAAGUCAGAACUCUUCCAAACCUGCAGUGAAAGAUACCUCAAAAGAUCUCUCUGCUUGGUUCAGUCUGUUUGCUGAUCUGGAUCCUCUUUCCGAACCAGAGGCGAUCGGCCGAACCGGCGAAGAGCGUGAGCUCCUGAACGCUUGA